GGGCCUGCAGCUAGUGCGCAUCAGGACAUCAUGUCAGAGUUCAACCCAUUGGAUAUUGUUUAUAUCUUCAUAGAGGUGCUGAUUGCCCUUGUAUCCAUCCCCGGGAAUAUCCUGGUAAUCUGGGCUGUCAAAGUGAACAAGUCUCUCCGGGAUGCUACCUUCUACUUUAUUGGGUCUCUGGCAGUGGCAGACGCAGCUGUUGGAACAUUUGCAGUUCCUCUGGCCAUCACAAUCUCCCGAGGACCAAGCAUGAAUUUCUACCAGUGCCUGAUGUUGAUCUGUCCUCUCCUCAUCCUCACAGAAAGCUCCAUUUUGGCAUUAUUGGCUAUUGCCGUGGAUCGCUAUCUCCGGGUCAAGAUUCCUAUCCGUUAUAAGAAUGUGAUGACCCCCAGACGUGCAGGGGUUGCUAUUGGCUGCUGCUGGCUGAUCUCCCUCCUUGUGGGCAUGAUUCCGCUAUUUGGAUGGAACGAAAAGGAAAAAAAGACCUUCAAUUCUACUUGCAAAUUUGAUAAGGUCAUCAGCAUGAAAUACAUGGUUUAUUUCAAUUUCUUUGGGUGCGUGUUGCCUCCACUGGUCUUUAUGCUCAUCAUCUACAUAGCGGUUUUCAAGAUCAUUCGCAAACAACUCAGCAAAAAGUUUGGAUCCAAUUCAGCAUGCCCAGAAAAAUACUAUGGGAAGGAACUGAAAAUUGCCAAGUCUCUUGCCUUAGUGCUAUUCCUUUUUGCUCUGUGCUGGCUUCCUCUGCACAUUUGCAACUUUGUCGGCCUAUUCAUUUCUGAAUUAAAAGAGUUAAAGGUCCUCACCCUAAUUGCUGUAUGCAUGACUCAUUUGAACUCAGCCAUGAACCCCAUUAUUUAUGCAUUUAGGAUUAAAAAAUUCAGGACCACAUUCCUGCAAAUCUGGAACCAGUAUUUUUAUUGCAAAAUGGACAGGCAUUCAAAUAAUAUUGGUGAUACUGACAUUGCUAUUUAG